UUGUACAGUUUAAUAAUAUAGUAAUAUAGUCAGAAACUUAUUUUUCAAACAAACAAAACUUCAAUACGCACGUGGAUACCAUCCAUAUAAUCAAAUCAAUAUGGCCCAACGAGGAAUAACGAAUAAACAGUCAACUAACCUUUGGUCAACUUGCCGCAUGGGCAUGCAAAUAUCACAUGGCCCUAUAACCAAACAACUUCGGAAGACCUUCAAAUGCAUGGUCGUGCACGAUGGCGUCCGCUAAAGUAGUGCACCAUCUAGUCGUUUUUAUAGUGUUGUUUACGGCGAAUUAUCAUGACUUUGUUGAGGGUUUUUCCAGUAAUCUUUCGUUUAAGUCUGGUGGAGGAGAAAGGAAGGGUGCAUCCUACGCCGGGCAAUGGAAAUACCUCUCCAUUCUUGUCUCGGUAGCGCAGACGGUUUUCUUCGGGAGCUGUGUACUAAGCGACCUACUCGAAGCCAUCCUUGGUAGAAAACCCAAUGUGCUGAAGGCGAUUCAAGACUACCUCUUUGGCGUGCUGCUGUUCCCGAUGGCUAUGAUGGUUCAGUGCCUGUUCUGGGCCCUUUAUGCCGUGGACCGGGAGCUGGUCUAUCCGAGCGCACUGGAUGCCGUCAUUCCCAAAUGGUUAAACCACGUCUGGCACACCGCCGUGGUGCCUGUAUUGCUGCUUGAAAUGUACCUCGUGCGUCGCAACUAUCAGGCGCGUUCCAUAGCACUGCCUGGGACAGUCUUCUUCGGAGCUGCUUACCUCAUAUGGAUCCGGAUCGUGGCUCACUAUGGGGGUUUCUGGGUCUACCCGUUCCUGGAAGUUAUGGGUCCAAUAGAAACCACCAUCUUCAACAUGGCUGCCGUAGGGAUGCUUUGCGUGUUCUACCUCAUUGGUGAAUAUGUCAACACAAAACUAUGGGGUCGAGAUACGUUCGAAGUUUCGUCAACAAAAAGUCGUAAGAAGAGCAACAAAAGUGCCUAAAACAUGGAUACAAGAUGCACUGCGAGAAGCAUUUUCAAUCUGUGAAGAUUUGUGUGUCAUAGUUCCAACGUAGGUCGUAAUUGUCAAAAUGUGAAAUUGAGAACGGAUUGAAUGUUCAAAUGACAUUAAUGGUGUCUUUCAGAUUCCGAUUCAGCUUUAUUGGUUCUUGGCAUGGCAAAUGACAUUAUAAAUGCCACAUCAAAUGUGCCAAAGAAUUACAUUCCAUAAAAUCCUAAAAGUUGUUACAAUUCACAAACAUACAUAAUCACAUUUUGUAAAAAACCUAGACACUGGAUUGAAUAUAGCAGAGAUGGAGAGACAAAGUGGACAUAACUAUGUCAGCAAACAAUAACGUAGAAUUUACAAGAAAAAAGUAAUUAACUGCAUGUUAUUCUGUACAGACGCAGUACUAGUGACCUAUCGCCACAGAAUCGCCAUCUUGAAAGAGCAAUAAAACAAAGGAGAGUUCAUGUCUCUUGGUCUUACUCUUUGUUAGUGCCCGGUAGCGUCCUUCGCGACGGAGGCUAUAACCAUUCUUUCGUUAUUAUUUCUUAGUAUUCAGUAUUUCAUAUUCGUCUAGUAUAAUUGUAAAAGUAUACAACCAAAACAUGUGUAAGAAGACUACAAGAAUAUGACUUUUUGAUUUUACAGUUGUUCCUGUUUUUAAAGUUGUCUGGAACUUUAAUCAUAAUGCUUCUUUUACACUACAAACGAAAUAACAUCCAAUGAAUUACAAAUACCUACAUGUAUUUAUCUUGUUGUUGUUGACUAUUGAUUGUCAUUCGAAACAUAUUGUGACAUAUUGUGCGUUAAUUCUUACUACAAUGCAAGAUUCAAACAUCGUAUUCCUCAGCAAUAAAUUUCAUCUACAUUGAUAUUCUUAUUAUGUUGUGAUCGAUUAAUUUCAAGCUCACAUUAUUGAGAAUACACAAUGUGUGUGUCAGUCUACUACACGGCUAUAUAUAGUGAUACUCGUCAAGUCGCUAUUUUACGGUUUCUUUUCUGCAUGCCUAUGGAUGUAUAUGUUUAUUUAUACCCCUAGGGCCCUAUCACUUUCUGGUGUACUACUCCUAUGUCGAAGAACCGCAGAGAAAUUUGACUGGCCAUACUGCCAAUAAGUCUAUACAUGCAAAAACUCGCGGCAACACACAUGAAAAUAAGCACAACACACAAAAUAACCAUCAAAGGAAGGAGGAAGGCAACAGUGUCCAUGUUUAUGAUACUUGGAGCAGGAGUGACGGUUUUAUAUUUCCAGUCGUCAACACUUCGAACUUGUCGGCCAUGUUUCUUUCUCUUGAGGACAAGUUUUGAAUCCGAUGUCGUGUAUAACUGUUUGGGCUGAUCUACAUCUAAUUCUGAUGGACUCUCGCGAUAUAUCCCAACUCUCGAGUGACCAUGAGGAGUCCCAACUCUCGCGUGAUCUUGAGGAGUCCCAACUCUCGCAAGAUCUUGAGAAACAGCAUGUCGUGCCUUGACCCAUAGUUUUGGGUUUAGACGUGCUGCAAGGCUGUUUUGAUAUGGUGUUGUUUGAACAACAGUCUGCUUUUCAAGCUGUGCAAGUUUGCUGUCUACCUGGUCAUCUGCUGAAUUUCUGGGAUCGUUGCCAGCAUUUUCAAAGUCUAUCUGUAUACCUUUCAAGCUUUUGGAAGGCUUGAGGCGCAGCAGUAUAGAAUCUUGCAUGGCAUAAAUUCUUAUAAAGAGUAGUCCUGUCUGGUUGCUAUUUUCGCUAGCUGUGCUUUUCCAUGGUUUGUCCACAAGAGGAAUGCCGAGUGUCGUCAUUUCCGCCUCCGCCGUUGCAGAGUUCAAGAGAAAAAUCAACGUCAACAAAUAUAGGCCCAACUGAGUGAACUUUUGCAUGUCGUAGUGAAUUCAGCACGUCAACGUGGUCCUUGGAAAGGCACACGUCGUUGUCAGAUAAGCCUACAAGCAGAAGAAUACAUUUUGUGUUGAUUUCAGUACCCCCAUUGCAUUAAUGUCACAAAUGUCUAUAUGUAUGAUACUCAGGUAUAACGGCAGUCAAUCCAGGUCAAAACGGAUUCAUUUAAUGUUUGACAUCUUAUCAUUGAUUGCUGCCAAUCAUGAUUAAUAAGCAUAUACAAAAUCUAUCGACUAGUAAUCUCCAAAACAUCAUGUGCAGCAUUUUGCCAUUCUGUAUCGUUCCCAUUCACCGUGAAACCGAAAAUACUCCAGCUCAGUUCUAUUUAAUAUACAUGAUACAGCAACGUUAGCUGUAGAGUACCAACGACUGCAAUCGCUUCAUGACACAACGAAUGAUAAACAAUUUUACUCACGUUAUCCUGCUGAAAGCUACUUCAGAUUUCCCAGAUGUGUGGGAACCCAGUUGUUUUAACGCUACCUCUGUAUGUUGGAGAGCGAAGAACAUUCUAAGAAAACUUACCGUCUUUCCCGUGGCCUACUGCAUAAUGUUGUCCUUGGCGAACCAACCUCUCUCCACCAUGUCCACUGGCCGA